CCAAAAAUAAAAAUUCGACAAAAUCAAUCGCAAAAUUUUUUGCAGAUCAUCGAUUCUUGUAUUGUACUGUUUUAAUCUGUGUAUUCAAACAUUGUACCAUGCCGGAAAUCUGGAAUUGAUUGUGGGCUUUUCUCGGUCGGAACGCUCGGUUUGUAAUUUGUGCCAAACCAGAAGUCGCACAAUGUUGAUGGGCUGCUGGGUUCGGGCGAUAUUUAAGCGAUCGGCAGCGUUUGAACAAUGCAAAGAGCAUUGUCGGAUGUUUUCGUCGUCACUUAGACCGCGACCGCGUAUUACCCGUGCUCGAAAGAACUGGCUUCGAGCAGCCUAUGCGGACAAUAUCAGACGAGAGACGAUCGAGCAACCUGUGGAACCGAAUCUGAUAUUUCGUGAGCGAUUCCGGAAAGAAAUGGAUACGGUGAAGCUGGCGCCGCAGAUAUUUGAUUAUUUUCUGGUUCUGGAUUUUGAAGCUACCUGUGAUCGCACUCGCAUGCCGGAGGUUCAGGAAAUUAUAGAAUUCCCGGUUGUUAAAGUGGAUGCUCAAACAAUGGAAGUUGUCUCCACAUUCCACCACUACGUGCUGCCGCGCGUAAAUCCUGCGUUAACCACGUUCUGCACACAACUGACCGGGAUUAUACAAGAUAUGGUGGACGGUCAGCCUCACUUUGAAGAAGUCACACAGCUUUUUCAGAAGUGGAUGGAUGCUGAAGGAUUACUGCAUCCGGAAUGCAAAUCUUGUUUUGUUACAUGCGGUGAUUGGGAUCUGGCAACGAUGCUUCCCAUGCAGAGCGACUAUUUUAAAGUGCCUGUUCCCUCGUAUUUCGAUCGGUGGAUUAAUGUUAAGCACUCCUUUUCGGAAUGUAUUGGUCACUUUCCACGUGGUUUAAUGUUAAUGCUGGAAAGUUUGAAUAUUCAACAUACUGGUCGGCAUCACAGCGGUAUCGAUGACUGCAUGAACAUCGUGAAGAUUAUGCGUGCAUUAUCGGAGCGUGGCUAUGUUUUUCGAAUUAACGGACAACGUACAGCUGUACGCGGUGGUAAAGGAAAGAAAUUCUGAUGUCGCAUAUACAGUAAAAGCUGAAAUCUCUGUGU